GUUGGCCGGCCUGGCCCGGACGGGUGGGGCUGUUAGACAGCCUGUUCCUCUUUCUCCUCUUCGAUCCCUGCUAGGCCGGCGCUGUGAUCCCGUGGGGUGUCUCGAUACGCUUGCAGUUGAGGCAGGUGUGCAGAAAAGCUGGUCUGUGCAGAACCAAGCCCAGCUAGGACUACAUCCUGAGGCAACCUGGAUUCCUCCAGAGGGUCCCAGUAGCCCGAACACAACCAUGCGCUGCCCAGCUGUGCUCCUGCUCCUGGUUGGUGGGGUUGAGGCCUUUCGCAUCUGUGCCUUCAACGCCCAGCGGCUGACACUUGCCAAGGUGGCCAGGGAGCAUGUGCUGGACACCUUAGUUCGGAUCCUGGCUCGCUGUGACAUCAUGGUGCUGCAGGAGGUAGUCGACUCUUCUGAUGGUGCCAUCUUCUUACUGCUUCGAGAACUCAACCGAUAUGAUGGCUCUGGGCCCUACGAAGUCCUGAGCAGCCCCGCUCUGGGGCGCAGCACAUACGUGGAGAAGUACGUGUACAUCUACCGGUCACACAAGACACGGGUCCAGGAUUACUACUUGUACAACGACGAGGAUGACAUCUUUGCCCGGGAGCCCUUUGUGGCCCGGUUCACUUUUCCCAGCACAGUCCUUCCCAGCUUGGUGUUGGUCCCACUACACACCACUCCGAAGGCUGUAGAAAAGGAGCUGAAAGCCCUGUACGAUGUGUUUCUGGAUGUCUCCCAGCACUGGCAGAGCAAGGACGUAAUCCUGCUUGGGGACUUCAAUGCUGACUGUGCUUCACUGACCAAAAAGCGCCUGGGUGAGCUGGAGCUGCGGACUCAGGCCGACUUCUACUGGGCAAUUGGCGACGAGGAGGACACCACGGUGCGGGCCAGCACCCAUUGUGCCUACGACCGCAUAGUGCUGCACGGAGAGCGCUGCCAGAGCCUACUGCACUCUGCAGCUGCCUUCAACUUCCCCAGGAAGUUCCAGCUCACUGAGGAGCAGGCCCUCAACAUCAGUGACCACUACCCUGUGGAGGUGGAGCUGAGCAGGGCAGCGCGCAAGAUCCGGCCCCUCAGCCGGGCUGCUGUGUUGCUGCCAUCCCUGCUGCUGGUGCUGCAGCCCCUCCUGCCCUCAAGCUGGGCCUGACGGCCUGAACCUCACCCCGACGUCAGUGCCUGCUGCGCGCGGGUGUGGUGAUGACACUAGCUUCGGGACUCAGACCGCAGCCUCUCCUGUUCAUCUGCCUUGCAGCCAAAGCAAUUCCCGAGGGGCUUGAACUGCAGCCCUCCUCCAUCUCCAGGGCUACCUUACUGACUGCAGCCCUCUGCCUUUGGUUUGGUUUGGCUUGUGUCCUGUGGUUAAGCCUGUGCCUGGCAUUCGAAUGUGGUAGAGAAAGGCAGGACCCUGAGGCUGGAGCCGUGGCGCUCUUCCCCCAAGUAGUGUCAGGAAUAGGGACAAAGCAGGCUCCAGGGCUGGGGGAAGGGAAAGGGGCUCAGAAAAGGGAAUCACAACCCAUGAAAAAUUAUGACAAAAAGGGAAUUUAGGUACACACCGAGGACAAAAAGCUAUAUUAGAUGUGUGUAGCAGAUGUAUCAUGUGCCAUGUUUAUUAUAGAUAGGAAUCAUAUAAUCAGUAUGACGAUCCCAGUAAAAAGAAUGGAGCCCUAGCUGGUGUGGCUCCGUGGAUUGAGCUUUAGCCUGCGAACUUAAGGGUCACUGGCUUGAUUCUCAGUCUGAGUACACACCUGGGUUGUGCGGCCAGGUCCCUGGUUGGGGGCUUGUGGGGGGGAGGCAACUGGUCCAUGUUUCUCUCCUUUCCUCCCUCCCUCCACCUAACUCAAAAGGUGAAUAAAAUUUUUUAAAAAGUCGCUGGUGAUUCCCAAUCAGGGCAGAUGACCAGUGUUUAUCUACCACACUGGUAUUUCUCUCCCAUUCCCCUCUAAAAAACAAAAUCCUUGUGGAAAAAAAAGGGUCAAUGGUUCACAUACAAGCGAACCAAGGCCAACACAUAAGGUCAGCUGUCAUCGAAUGAAAACAGCCACAAACAGCCCUAAUGACUAUAGUCCA